AUGGCAGUCAACGCAUCCGUCGAGUAUGACUACCCUCCUCUACCGAGCUACACUUUGACGCCCCGACCUCCUCUUCUUGCGCCGAUCCCAGACAACGUUCUUGCUCUGAUUCUGCCAAUUGUCGCAUAUUGGGGAUUAUCUAUGGUGUACCAUCUCAUUGAUAUCUACGAUCUUUUCCCACAGUAUCGUCUGCACACUCCGGCCGAGGUUUUGAAGCGAAAUAAGGUCUCGCGAUGGGAUGUGGUCAGAGAUGUCAUUCUACAACAGGUUAUUCAAACACUGGCUGGAAUGUCGGUAAGCUAUUUUGACGUGGAAUACAUUGGAAGAGAGGAGUACGAUAUUGCUGUAUGGGCGCGCCGCCUUCGCUUUGCUCAAAAGGCAAUCCCACGUCUGUUGGCUGUCUUCGGGGUCGAUGCUUUGGGCCUAUCACGUAGCCUGUCUCAAAACGGUCAUGCCAUUCUAGCUGGUGUACUAGCUGGCGGACAAUACCCCGGAGUAACUCGGUCUUUUGUUCUGGACAGCGGUAUCGAAGCGGUCGUACCUGCUUUCACCAGUUGGGAGCUGUCAAUGGCCAGUUUCAUCUACUGGUGCUUUAUCCCUGCGGUACAGUUCACAGUGGGAGUGUUUAUCGUCGAUACUUGGCAAUAUUUCCUCCACCGUGCGAUGCAUCUGAACCGCUGGCUUUACGUCACUUUCCACUCUCGCCAUCAUCGCCUUUAUGUCCCAUACGCUUUCGGCGCACUCUAUAAUCACCCAGUGGAAGGCUUCCUCCUUGAUACAGCUGGUGCUGGCAUUGCGUUUCUGGCAACGCGCAUGACGAACCGUCAGAGCAUGUGGUUCUUCACUUGCUCCACUAUCAAGACUGUAGACGAUCAUUGCGGCUAUGCUUUCCCUUGGGAUCCUUUGCAACACUUUACUCACAACAAUGCUGCCUACCACGACAUUCACCACCAAAGCUGGGGUAUUAAGACGAACUUCUCUCAGCCAUUCUUCACUUUUUGGGAUCGUCUUUUUAAUACUCAGUGGGAAGGUGACGUCAAACUCCGCUACGAAAGAUCUCGAGAGGCCGCACAGAAAAAACUCGAUCAGGAUGCCUCUUCAGCUGCAGCAUCUUCCAGUGAAGAGAAUUCAUACGAGGGCCCAGUCAUGUCGACAGACGCGCCAGCCGACUCCAAUGCACGAGCACGUUUGCGCAGGAAAACUGUGACUCUGUCUCCCCAUGUCGACGGUCUAAAGGGUGUCAAUCAUGGAGUGACCAGCAGUGUCCUUCAGGCCUGA